AUGCAGCGAGCAGGCGCCGGGCGAGCGGCGCGGGCGCUGCUGGUGCUGCUGGCGCUGGGUGCGCGCGGCGCGGCCGGCGGGUGCGGCGUGGCGGAGUUCGCGUGUCGCGGCGGCGCCUGCGUGCGCCUGGACGCUUACUGUGAUGGCGAGCCGCAGUGCGCGGACGGCAGCGACGAGCCACCCGGCUGCAGCGUCUGCAACCGCACGUACUACGGCCGCGCCGGCGUGGCGUACGGCGUCAUGCUGCGUGGCGCGCCGCGAGCGCCCUUCCUGUGCCACCUCACGUUCACGGCGGGCGGUGGCGCGCACGGUGACCUCGUGCAGCUCGCUUUCGACGAGUUCCGCGUGGGACGCUACGAGGCGGGUGCGCUGGAUGGCUGCCCCGACGGCUACAUGCAGCUGUCGGAGCUAGGCCGCCCCUUCACCGGCGGAUCGUGGUGCGGCUCGGCGGACGGCGCCGCGCUCUACUACAGCGAGACGGCGACCGUUACCGUUUCAGUUAAACUGUUCCGUGCACGGCUCGGAGAACCGUUCGGCUUCCGCCUUCGCUACAAGUUCCUAGCGCAACGUGAUGCAAUAGUCAGGUUUGGUGCAGUGGGGGCGCCCCUGGAGCGAGGUGCUGUGGCUCCCGGCACUUACUGCACCCGUACUUACGAGGAAUGUCACCGUAAACGUUGCCGCCUACAGAGCCCAAACUACCCCGGCAUGUAUCCGCGGAACGUUACCUGUUACUGGAGUUUGCGUCAAAAGGACAUUCCUACGUGUAAGCAUGCAAUGAUAUCCGUGCGCCAAGAGCACUCGCAUAAAAUGCAAAUUAAGCGUUCUAUAUCUAUGGCAAGUUUAAACAAGACGGGUCGUGUAGUGAGAGCCUGGCGGGAGUGCACAGGAGAACGCGAUCGUCUUAUAUUCUAUGACGGCGCAUCGACUGACGACCCCGUGUUGAUCGAAUACUGCGGUGGAGAUUGGCUGCCACGCGUUACGUCACGGGGUCCUGAAAUGCUGGUCGCCUUUCAUUCAUCACCUUUCAGUGCUCCGCCCCGUCCCGCUGCACCUGCCGCACCGUUACGUGGCUUCGAACUCGAUGUCGACGUUGUUUUUGCUGAUUCUGAUUCACUCGACUAUGCUCGAGAAGCGAGACGUUGCGAGUUUCAUGUAAAAGCUUCAUCAUCCGAGGAAGAAACGAACAUGACUACAACAGGUGGGCGAGGUCGUCGCGGCCGUCUUCAUGCCCCCACCCAUACGCUACCACCAAAUACAACAUGCACUUGGACAUUUCAUGGACGCCCAGGGGAUCUCGUUUGGAUUUACUUCUCGAGUUUCACACAUUACUCGUUAGUCGAACAAAAGAGAGUUGAGAGUGGUGAGCGAGACGAAGAGAUAAACGCUACACCGUCGCCACAUCCAGCACUGCAAGCCCUCGGCGCACGAAUGGGCGCGUGCGCCGUGGAGCUGCGCCUGUGGGACGGCGGCGGGGAGGGUGAGGCUGGCGCGCGCGCACUGGGCCGCUACUGCGACGCCGCGCCCGCGCUGUGCGCGCGCGCCGCUCUCGCCAACGCUACGCGCUCGCCGCGCCCCUGCGCUCCCCCCGACGGCUACGUCUCGGAGGCACCGCUACUUGCACUGGCGGCGACGUCCUUGCCGGGCACGGCCACCCAUCCGCUCACAUUCUCUUUGCAUUAUGAAUUCGUAGAUGCUCGGUUAGAAGGUACACUCCUACCUAUCACUGAAGCGGGUCGGAUGCGUGUCGAGCCACCGGAGUGCUCGAGGCGCCUUACGACUCCGGGAGUUUUCGCAUCGCCUCGGAAUGCACUCUGGUUUGGACGCGGAGGAGCGCGACGACUUCGGUGUCUCUAUCGGAUACAAACUGACGGUGGGCGGGUGGAAUUAAAACUUCAUGCGGCUUCUUUCGGGAGAUCGCCACGCUGUACUACUCGAGCAGAUCCCCUAACAGGACAACUGGUAUGUACUCCGGAGCAGCCGGAGGUAGGGGAAAUGCGACCAAGUGAGACUCCUUUAAUUGAAGAUGAGGACGAUGAGUUUCUACGAAUACCCUAUUUACGUAUAUAUGAAUCACCUUGGCCGGGUUAUCGCGUUCCAGUUGCGUGUAUAUGUGAUAACGCCAGUGCACCGCUGACUUUAACCUCAGGAGGACCAGCCUUGGAGCUGGAACUGACUGCUGUAACUCUUUUGGCUGCUGAAGACCAUCGCCAUGUUCACUUUCACGGCGAGUGGAUCCGAACGUCAGCGCCACCAUGUGCAAGUCGUCUUCGCUUGCAACCGCCCGGUGGCAGCGUACAUCUAGUUUAUCCAUAUAGCGGAAAUAUGAUGUCAGAAUGCGGUGAGGCACCGUUUUUGUUGGAAGCGCAUGGAAACCGGUCAGUUUUUCUGCGCGUGUGGGGCGAGGAGCUGGCGAUGGACGCGGCCACGGAGCCGCACUGCGUUACCUCCAACCGCGUGCUUGUGUACGACGCGUACACCGCGAGGUUACUUAAAGCAGUAUGUCCCGGCGAGGAGGAGAGUCGCACCGUGCAGGUGUUUACAGAGGAGUGGUGGUCACGUGGCGGUGGGCGGGCGGCGCGCGCGGCGCUGCUCGUGGUGUGGGCGGCGCGAGAGCCCGGCCGCGCUCAAUUCUCCUGGAUGGAGGUGUGGCGCGAGGCGGGGGCGGUGGGCGGGGCGGGGGCGACGGGCAACGGCAGCGCGUGCCGGCACGAGUGCGCGGCGCUGGGCGCCUGCAUGCCGGGCGCGCUGUGGUGCGACGGGCGUGCCGACUGCCCGGGCGGCGGCGACGAGCGCGGCGCGUGCGGCGCGGGUGCACGCCUGCUGGCGGCGCUAGCUGCGCCGGCAGCAGCGGGCGCGGCGGUGGCGGCGGCCGGAGCGGCAUUGCUGCUGCUAGCCGCGCUGGCGCUGCGCCGCCGCGCCCGAGCCCGCACGCGUGACAAGCGGCUGUUCGGGGGCCCGCCCGCCCGCCGCCUCACCGACGAGCUGCUGUUCGACGCGUCGCGUGCCUCCUCUACCACCUCGUCCUGA